AGACGUAACACCCUGCAGCGCAGCAGGCAGAUUCAGCGGCGUCGCCCCAAAAACGCCCAAGCCCUCUCAGUUGCCCUAGGACGGCGAGGGCGGGGCCUUCCCGCCCCACGGCGCUGGCGUCAGGUGACGCCACUGGGCCGCGCCAGCCAAUAGUGGGCGGCCGGGGUCUAGGCACCACGGUGGCUGGCGGCCUGCGGGCGGCGCUGUGGCCCGUCGGGCGGCCCCACAGAGCCGCCCUAGCCUUCCGCCUUCCCCAAGCCAACGUCUCCGCCGUCGGCUCCGCGGCGCCGCCAUGGCCGACGUGGAAGACGGAGAGGAAACCUGCGCCCUGGCCUCUCACUCCGGGAGCUCAGGCUCCAAGUCGGGAGGCGACAAGAUGUUCUCCCUCAAGAAGUGGAACGCGGUGGCCAUGUGGAGCUGGGACGUGGAGUGCGAUACGUGCGCCAUCUGCAGGGUCCAGGUGAUGGAUGCCUGUCUUAGAUGUCAAGCUGAAAACAAACAAGAGGACUGUGUUGUGGUCUGGGGAGAAUGUAAUCAUUCCUUCCACAACUGCUGCAUGUCCCUGUGGGUGAAACAGAACAAUCGCUGCCCUCUCUGCCAGCAGGACUGGGUAGUCCAAAGAAUCGGCAAAUGAGAGUGGUUAGAAGGCUUCUUAGUGCGGUUGUUCAGAGCCCUGGUGGAUCUUGUAAUCCAGUGCCCUACAAAGGCUAGAACACUACAGGGGAUGAAUUCUUCAAAUAGGAGCCAAUGGAUCUGUGGUCCUUUGGGACUCAUCAAAGCCUUGGUUUAGCAUUUUGUCAGUUUUAUCUUCAGAAAUUCUCUGCGAUUAAGAAGAUAAUUUAUUAAAGGUGGUCCUUCCUACCUCUGUGGUGUGUGUUGCGCACACAGCUUAGAAGUGCUAGAAAAAAGGAAAGAGCUCCAAAUUGAAUCACCUUUAUAAUUUACCCAUUUCUAUACAACAGGCAGUGGAAGCAGUUUCAGAGAACUUUUUGCAUGCUUAUGGUUGAUCAGUUAAAAAAGAAUGUUAUAGUAACAAAUAAAGUGCAGUUUAAAACCCAA